GCAUGUUGGACAGUGCACGAAUUUUUUGAUCACUCUGCGUCUUUGAGCUUCUCUAUCUCUUUCCAUCCGUGGUUGUAUUGCUUCUCUUCUCGGCUGGCCCGUUAUAUAUCGUUCGGUUCAUACACAUUACAACAACACCAUCGCCAAAAUCAACCGCAAAGCACCGAAUACCCUCUAAUUCCUCCAAACAAGAUCCCACUUGUUCAAGAUGAAGCUCUUCGCCACAGCAGCCAUCUACUUCCAGGCUACAACCGCUCUGGCGGUGCCGACACUCCUGGCUCGCGACACUCACCAUGACAGCGUAACCCUGCAAGGGGGGAUGGUUGCUGGAGAGAAAAGCGCAGGAGGACAGCCUCUUGAGAACUCUGACGUUGUCGAGGGCGGUGAUGCUGUCGAGAUUGUUGAACCCCCUGCUGCCGGCGGUAAGGGCGUCGGAGCCGGCGCCGGAGCCGGCGAUGGCGAUGGCGAUGGCGACGGUGAAGAAGGGGCGGUCGAAAACGAAGUCGAGAUCGAGGCACUUUUCGGAGACACUGUGGCACUCGAGGGCGGCGACCUCAAGCAGGAUGUCCUCUUCCCCCCUAACUUGAAUGGUGUCCUUGAGGUCGAGUUCCAGAAUGCUGAGGCUCGCUCCCUCGUCGUCACGGAGAAUCCGGCUCCUGCGGCCGCGCCGGCCGGGUUCGAGCACUUUGAGAACGUGACUUGGAUUGUCGAGCUUGCCGAUGGCACCGAGGGCUUGACUCUUCAGAAGAUUGACUACAUCCUCAACGCCGCAACUUUUGUGCUGACCAUGUCACCUUUUACUGCUACAGGCACUCUCGAUAUCAGCAAGGGCCAAAUUGGCCGCUUCUGUGCUGAAGCCAAUACCUUUGUUAUUGAUCCUGCGGUUGGCGAGCUGGAAUUUGAGGUGGAGGAGAACGAGCUGACCUUGACGGUCGACAAUAUGAACGGCGAAUGGGGUGUCUUUCUCCCCACCGUCGCAGGCGGCGACGCUGGAGCAGAUGAUGGUGCUGGUGCUGGUGCUGGCGCUGGUGCUGGCGCUGGCGCUGGCGACGCAGGGGAGGAAGAGGCCACUGCUGGAGAGCCCGGUGCCGGCGCGGGUGCCGGCGCGGGCACUGCCCUGCUCGAUGCUUUGAUGGCGUUCUUCGAGGAGGCUGGCGGUGCAGCUUGA